AUGGGCCACAUUUUACGGGUGGCAGGGGGUAAACGCUCCAGGCGGGAUGACAAGUGCACACGACUUCGGGAGCUGCACUACUCAACUGCGUCAGUUUUCCAGGCGGUGCUGGGAAUCGACCUCGACCUGGACGACCGGUCAGACCGCGAGAGCGAGGCCAUGGGCUACACGAGUCUGCGUCCGGUCUCUCCUGGCGGCAGUAGCAUCAGCAGUCUGCGGGUGUUUCGCCGCUCCAGCGGUCCGCAAAUAAUUCAGAUGGAGAUGUCGCCGCGUGUGCCUCGCUCUGUGCGCACGUGCCGCACCCUCGCUCCGACUCCGCCCACUGGCGACACCUACCGGCGACCGGGGAACAGCGGUGCUGCCACCUUUCGGCGACCCAGGGAGCCCAGCGGCUCCGCACUCCAACCCUCCAGCGGACGGGCGCCCGCCAGAGCUGGAAUUCUCCGGGUAGGCGACCAGAAUGGCGCCACGCCGCCUCGGCCGAAGGAGACCGGCAGUGUCGCGCUCCUGCCGCUUCCGGAACAGAACGCCAGUGGUGCCACCUCGCGGUGUCCGGAGAGGAACACUAGAGACCUCUGUGGACGGCCUGCGGAGGCUGAGGUAGUGGAAACGUCCGUCGCCACAACGCACUGUUCGGGGGUCAAUGGCGGGCGGGCGGGCGGUAUGGACACUGGUGGCGCUGCGGUGACAGUCAGUCCAACCGUCAUCGCCGCGGGCUACCUGGGUGACCUGGGCACGGCCUGCUGAGGCAGAUUCAAGGUCAGGUCACAGAGAGCCACGUGUUAUGUACAAAGACUACUGUGCGAAUAUGUGUUCCAUUGCGAAUCAAAUGAGCAGUGUCAUGAUUUAUGAAAAGCUAACGGUGAUGGGCACAUAUAGUCACAUAGUACGUUUUGCCAUGUUGAUAAAUUAUGUGGUUU